UUCAAAAAACAAUUAUAUUGAAAAAAAUUUCCUUUUGUUCUCCUUCACUUUCUCUCUCGAGAAUCUAGAGAUUCGAGGCGAGAAGAAAAUUUUCCGUUUCUUUUUCCUGCUUUGUUUGGAUUCCUGGAAAAUUUGUGUGCGUUGAAUCUCUCGUCUUCGGUUUCUGGUCAACCAUGAAUAUCUUCAGAUUCGCUGGUGAUAUGACUCACUUGAUCAGUAUAUUGAUCCUUCUCCUCAAAAUCUAUGCUACCAAAUCCUGCGCGGGAAUUUCGCUCAAGACCCAGGAACUAUAUGCAAUUGUGUUCUUGGCUCGGUACUUGGACCUGUUCACGGACUACAUAUCACUGUACAACAGCGUGAUGAAGAUCGUCUUCAUUGUCAGCUCUUUGGCGAUCGUUUGGUGCAUGCGUAGGCAUCCAGUCGUCCGCCGGUCAUACGAUAAAGACCUGGACACAUUUCGUCAUCAAUUCGUCGUGUUAGCAUGUUUUGGUUUGGCACUUCUUCUGAAUGAGAAAUUCACCUUUCAAGAGGUGUUCUGGGCCUUUUCGAUAUACCUGGAGGCGGUUGCAAUUCUUCCCCAGCUGGUUCUGCUACAAAGAAGUGGGAAUGUGGACAAUUUGACUGGGCAAUAUGUUUUCUUCCUCGGAGCGUAUCGUGCUUUAUAUAUUCUCAACUGGAUCUACCGCUACUUCACAGAAGUAUACUUCACUCGAUGGAUCGCGUGUGUAUCGGGCGUCAUCCAAACAGCUAUCUACGCCGAUUUCUUCUACUACUAUUACAUCAGUUGGAAGAACAACACCAAACUUCAACUUCCGGCUUGAGCGGGCAGACAACAAAAACGGAGUAGCCGAGGGAAGUUUUCGCAGCGGUUUUGUUCCUCGGAAAAACGUCUGCCCCUGAUGACAGACGGUUUGUUUGUAGCUUCGACAUCGAAACGACGACAUGGUUUAAGGUUCGAUUCAUCUAACUUCUCAAAAAAAAGAACUACGAGAAACAGGCAUGUUCUUGUUUCGAACUUCAAUUUUCUCGAUUUCAUUUUGAUUAAAUUCUCUCGAGACUUUGAAAAGUUACAAGAGAAUAUGUGGGAAAAAGAGAAAAAAAAGUGAUUGGAAUGA